AAGUAAACCAAUGGCUAUUGCUCUUUCUGAAAGAGUUGAAUUUUGGGGGAACCCCCGAGCCCCAGUAAAGCUUAUCAGGAGCGCGCGCGCGCCAUUUAAACUUCCGUGCAAAGAUUUUGUGUAGAUCAUCAAAUCAAAUUUGAUAGAUUAAAUGAGCUGCUGCAGUGUGAGCUGAGAUCGAGAGCGAGCUUAGAGUGAGUCAGUGAGACGAUAACUUGUGUCUGAUCUAGAGGCUGGAAGGGAGUGCAGUGGAACUGACGUGUACUGAGCUGAUGUUCAUUGGAUUUACAAGUAUAACCACAUAUUUUGAGUUGUCAUGGCAACGGGUGAUGUGAAAGGAAACCUGAGGAGCUUACGGACUGAGUUAAAGCAUGCAAAAUACCCAAAGGACCUCGACUUUAUCAGCCUUGCACGAGGUGCCCCAAAAGAGUUCCUUCCAAUCAUGCACUACAUGUUGUGUGAUUAUUCAAGGCCAGUCACCCAUCUGAUUCUGGAGAGCAACCUAGAACUUGCAGCCAAGACUGAUCAGAAGUUCAUGGAGGCCGUGUACAAGUUAUUGAGGGACCUCUUCCACUACGUCCCACGGAUCACAGGGCCUCAGUUCUUCAAGAGUGGGUUUGCAGAACACAAGAUCCUGCUGACCAGAGACGUGGUCUCCAUGGUGCGCAACAAACACAAGCAGCUGACUAGAGCUAGCAAGACAACAGUGAGUGCGCCCUAACACAGGACAAGGUCAGAUCCAAGAUGGGAAUUUCUAAACGUGAUAGCACUGGUUACUCAUCUUCUAGAGACAGUGAAGAACAAGAGGACCAGCUAGAGACCGUCUUGGAAGAGAAAUCUAUUUUCAAGUACCGGUAGUCGGAAAAAGACGUCAACGUCCAAGUGUCACCUGAAAUAGACGAUAGUAUUGGGUCAUAUACAAGACUACGCAUCUUCUACGUGGCCUGACACAGGCCAAACGGGUGGCCUAUAAUACGACUACGGAUGACACCACCACAGCAAUCACGUGCGUGCAACAUACGCGAAACCGAAGCGUGAGGAGAACUUUGCGAACACUGACCAUGUAGGGAUUAAGACGCUGACUACCGUUAAUCAAGUCCAUUCGUUUAUGUGCAGUUGUCCAACAGAAGACGUAGAUGGCGUUAACCAGUAUUUGCCAAGCUACACCCCCUUUAACUCUUGGAACCGGCCCAUUCAGACACAGCGUGGUAAACCUCAAAAACUAAAUUGCUCACUGCUCCCAUGUAUUUCUUUUCGCCGAUGUAUUGUGAAAUACAGAAAUGUGAAGAGCAAGUGUAUUAAGCUUAAAUCUCAUUUUAAUUUGCUGCAGAAUGUUGUUAUGUCUGAAUAGGCCAUUAUAUGAUGCUAGAGGUACUGGCUGGUAUUCAUCUACAUUGAAGCAGAUUAAGUCGGUCGGUCGAGUUGAUCCAUUGAUGUAUGCAUAAUUCUGUACUGAAAUGAUAAUGACUGAAAUUGUGUAUUGAUGUUGUUGUUUUCGGCUACAUUUCAUGACAUAGCCAUUUUGAUUCAAUUACCAGAACAUUAUACCCCGUUCUCACUCACUUCGUUGGAGCGCUCUGGAGCGCUCUA